AUGGCUGUCUCAGGAAAGCAGACAAGAUGGGGCUCGUUCCUUUCUCAGGCCGUUGCAGGAGUUGAAUCGAGGCUGGAUAACAUCUUGGCUGAUCCUGAUGAGGCCCGGGCCCAAGACGCAUCUGCUACUUCUGCCGCCUCUUCUGCCGGCUCUGCAUCUGUCGAGCCGACAACUACAAAACAGCAACAGUCUUCAAAACAGUUAGCACCUGCUAAGCCAAGUCCCAGCAACUCACGGUCUUCCUCUACCAACCGUACCAAUGAUCGGUUACAAGCAAGAUUGGCUCAGGCCAUGUCUGGCAAGGGGACAUCCAGCCGUCCUGCGAGCAGAGGUGCGGCGUCUCCUCGAAGUUCAGUCGACCAAGGUAGCCGACCUUCCAUAGAGCGACGAUCGACGGAUGUGCGAAUUGAAACAAAGGCAGAGGAUGGCGCGGCCAUUUUUGAAUCUACUGCAGAAGUACCACCGUCAGUCGCUGAACCGUCAGAGUGUGCAUCAGAAACGGCUGGGCCCGCUUUCACCGAACCAUCCGUUGUUAACCAAAAUGAAGCUCCUAAUAAUAAGGACUCGCGAUCCAACGAAGACUUGUCGCAGCUUUCUGGGCAACUGGAACCUGCCGAAGAUAGCACCCCAAUUCCGACGGCAUCUGCAUCAUCCGAUAGCGCAGAACUUGCAAGGCAAUUAGAAGAGUCCAAAGUUAGACACCAAGAGGAGAUUCAGGAAUACAUCGAAAGAAUUGAUUCAAUUCAAUCCAAGCUCCAAUACCUGUCAAAAUCCGCCGCAGAUGCUGCCAAAACAUCGGCAUUAUCGGCACCAGCAGGUAGCAAUGAACGGAAACUCGCUGAAAAGGAUGAAAAGAUUGCUUUGCUCAUGGAAGAAGGGCAGAAGCUGUCAACGAAUGAGCACAAACUUAGAACUACAAUCAAGAAACUGCGUGCUCAGAUAGGAGAGACUGAUAAGAAAGUGGAGGAGUUGAAAAAAGCCCGAGACAAAGCGUUGUCGGAUGCAGAGACUCUCCGUGCUCGCCUAAACGGUCCCGAAGAGACUGAGAAGCGUAGGGAGGAGGCUAAACGUGCUACUGCUGCACUGCAAAAGGAGGUCGAUGCACUGAAGAAGGACAAUGCAAAGAAAGACGAUGCUUACCGGCGACUGGAGCAAGAAUUGAAAAAUAAAACAGAACAGGCCGAACACACACAGCGAGAAGCCAUGAACAAGGCACUGGCCACAGAACGCCAAAAGCAAAAAAUUCUGGAAGAAACCAACUCGAACCUUCGUGCCGAAAAGGAUGCAGCCGUGGAGAGGGCUCGUCAGGAACAGAUCGAAUGGCGUGAAAAGCUCGACCGUGCUGUUGAGCGCGGCCGUAAAACCGAAGACGAGCUUAAGCUCGAGCUGCAAUCAAUGGAAGGUAAGUUGGAAGCCAUGAGAACGGCGGCAGAAGAAGCGUCGUCAGGCUCUGGGGGAGAGGCCCAGGUAAAAAUCUUCAGACAAAUCGAGACUCUUCAAUCUCAAUAUGCGUCUGCCAGAGAAAAUUGGCAGGGCAUUGAGGCAUCCCUUCUUGCCAAAGCGGCAAACUUGGAAAAGGAGAGAGAUGAGGCACAACGUCGAGAAUCAGAAAUGAGAAAGAAAGCAAGGGAUGCCGCUGUCCGAUCAAGACAUCUCGAGGAGGAGCUACAAGAUGUACAACCGUCUCUCACUACAGUUCGCCAGGAAUUAAAAGCAUGCCGCGACGAGUUGACGACACUGCAGGUUUUGUACAAAGAUUCACAAGCUUCCCUGGAAGAAACCCGAAGGGAGCUAGAAAAGGCGAGACAGAAUAUUGUUGAGAGAGAAGACCCUGUCGAAGCAGAACGACGCCAAUGGGUAGAUGAGGUUGCGGGAGCAACGUCCAAGGGUCAACAAAGCCAACCUGACUCGCCACUUCUCUCAGCCCCGAGAACCUACAGCUCCGAUAUGAUGGGCCUCGGCAUCCUGGGUAAAUCGCGUAGAUCUCAGGCGCCUGGCAGUAUACCAGAUAGCAUAGCAGAGACCAAGUCACCCAUCAGACGUCUGUCGGGCCAGCCACCUCUCCGAAUUAAGGAGUCAUCAUAUGCUGGAUCUGUCCUGCUGCCUACGCCAUUCUCGCCUUUCGAGCCGUCAAGCGAACCCCCACAACUCCCAUCACCUCCUGCUGCUGAGCGAGAAAACGGAGUGUCUGACACAAUCCCUUCCUCGCCUCGUCAGGUGGCACAGGAUAUGGUCUCCGUGUCAACAGUGGCUGCAGGGCCCUCAGUUCAGUUAGUUGAGAGAAUGAGUGCUGCCAUCCGAAGACUAGAGGCAGAGAAGGUCACAGCAAAGGAAGAAAUGGCGAGGGUUUGCGGUCAGAGAGAUGAGGCCAGAGCAGACAUGGUCAGUCUCAUGAAGGAGUUAGAGGAGACAAAAGCCGUCGCGGCCAAGGUAUCACAGCUUGAAGAUGAAGUAUCGCAAAUCGACUCAAGAUAUCAGACAACACUGGAGAUGCUUGGUGAAAAAAGCGAACUUGUGGAAGAGCUAAGGGCUGAUGUUGAGGAUGUUAAGGCUAUGUACCGUGAACUUGUUGAGCGAACGGUGAAAUGA